GUGAGUCAGCUGCAGGUCCGGCCCACGAGACGCCAUUCGCAGGAUGUCGUCGCGCGGCAUGGCACGGCACAGUCCGAGGCAGUGCUUUGGCUGGCCCAAUAAUAGCAGCCCGGACGCGUACAUAAGGCCGCUGGUAUUACAACGCCCAGGGUUUUCUCCAACCCGUCACUCAGACCAUGACCUCAGACUCCGCCGCAGCAAACUACUGGCCCCUCGAAGGGGCGCCGAUCCGCCGCAUGCCCAUGGCCUGCGUGAACUGCCGGAGGAGAAAAAUCAAGUGUGUGACCAGCACGAAACAGCCAAGCGCGCCCUGCGAGCGCUGCACGAAGCGGAAACUGGACUGCGAGUUCGUGCCCGUAUCAGAAUCCGCUGAACAGGUGGCGCCGCACAGGAGAUCGACAUUGGGCGGCGGGAAACCGCUCAGACGACCCGACGCAGAGUCCGAGAUAUACCUGCACGCGCCAUAUCCAAUACCCGCAGCGGGGCCGGAAACAGCCCAAUGGAACGAGGCGCCGUGGGAUUAUGGAUGCAACGGGCGGGUGGCUUACGACGGGCAGGGGAAUGGGGAUGGACAUGGCUAUGACUGCGGGCUGCAAUACGGAGCUCGAGACCCAAGCCCGUCGAAAGCGUUUCAGGCGCCAUAUCAGUAUAAUCAACCGGGGGAAUAUCGCGCGACUGGAACGGAAUCGCAGAGCCAUUUUUCCGAACCCCAAAACAAAAGCUACUAUUACCCAUAGGGGGUGUCGAGUACUGUAUCAGUCCAGCCGUUUCAAUUCCUGAAUCUGCAGACAUGAGACCCGUAGCGAGGAUAGGCCGACACUCACCAUAUGCCAGUUCAACUCCUGAGAUUGCCAGUACUGAGGCAUAUCGAGUUGGAGCGAAAGCCCCUCGCGCACCAGCUGUUUGAUGACGGGUAUCGGGUCCUUGAACCCCUCGUCCUCGUCUACGUCUUCUCCCCAGGUCGCACGAAAGGUUCGCAGCAAAGCCGUGGGCAACGCGUAGCCCUCCCGCUGUCUGCAGCGCGUCUCGAGUAGGCGUACGACGCUCUCCAGUUCUAGGACAUCAAGACAAUUUUUCAGGACAAAAGACUGCAGCAUGGGGAGCAGUAUCACGGGAGGGUCUUGCGUGUGGUAGGAAGCGUCAGCGAGGGUCCACAGGAAGUCCGCCAAGUCUUCCGUGCGCGGUGACGCCACCACGAGGUGCGUGACCCCCGGCAAAGCUCUGAGGCACGCGUAGACGGGGUCUUCGUCCAUUAACAUAUGAGACAGGCGGAGGUGGGUGAUCGUACACCCUGAACGCAUCACAAGCGAGAUCACCCCGUCGACAUGUCCGCUAACAUCAAGGUCCGUGAGCAGCGGCAGGGUCAUGUACCCGAGGAUCGGCGGCACCGCAUCACGCUCGAUCUUGAACCGCCGCAGCGCAGGCAGCACCAGUGAAAUCGGGUGGUGGCUGGUGUUCCGGUUUGUCAGUGACACGUGCAGCGCCUCCAGCUGGCGCGUCUGCGAGAUGAUCAUGAGGCACUGCGCGAGCGACUGGUUUAGAAGCGCCAGGGACGUUAUCUGUGUCCACGGCAGCACGAACUGCGUCGCGGGGAACGAAUGGACGCACACCCGGCGCAGCCGCGGCGCGCUGAACAGCCCCGUCACAGGGCUCAG